UUACACAAAAAUGGACAGAAACCAUCUUCAGCUCCUUUCUUUGGACUCUGAUGUUUUCUGGCUGGGUAUUGAUGGCUCAGCCGAAAACCCAAUCAAAGCAGUGAAGUCUGUAACUUUCUUUUCGCAGCUUAAACAACAGAAUUUUCUGCCCUCCCUCUCCUUCCCUGCAGUCUAAUUCCUCGCAGACUUUGCUAUGGGGUGCGGACUUCGAAAGCUGGAAGACCCUGAUGAUAGCAGUCCUGGAAAAAUAUUUUCUACCCUGAAGAGACCACAAGUGGAAACAAAGACGGAAUUCGCUUACGAAUAUGUAUUACUGGAUUUUACAUUACAAGCUUCAUCAAACCCAGAAGUCAUCAAGAUCAAUUCAAUUUUGGAUAUAGCAACAAAAGUGGAAGACUAUUAUCUUAAAGGAUAUAUUGUUGGGGCCAUUCAUCCUAUUAUACAACCUGUGGGACCCCGAAAACACCUACCAGCAAGUUACCUUUACAGGGUGGUUUUAUCACGCUCAAAACUAAGCCCAAAGCACUCAGCAGCAUCCAGUGGACAAAGACGCCCAAGACUUGUGAUUGAGGAAUGUCCUCUAACUUACGAGACACAAACAAAUGACAUAGCAAAAGAAUUGAUAGAAAAGAUUAAUGUUGCUGCUAAAAGAGGAAUGAGAUUUGUUGGAUUUAUAUCCCACCAUUCUUCACUAUCUAAAUGUUGUAAUGGGACCAGCCAUGACGGAGACAUAGAACCAAUGCUGCGUGUGAGACACAGUCCGGAUGAAAACUGCAGAAGUUGGAAUGAAGGAACCUUAAGCAGGCAAUCAUCUAAAAGCAGAAUUGAAGAAGACCCUCAUCACGAAAGCCUACAGUGUCAAAUUGAACAAAAUGGCAGCCCCAGCUCCCCUAAACCCAAAACCGGAGAAGAUAACAAGUUGUAUACAGUCUUCAAUGUUUUUGAUGAUGACUCGACCUGCUGGACCUAUCAGGAAGGCAUCCUGUCAAUGAAAAUAACAAGAAAAGGAUCCAUCAUCAGUACACUUGACGCUGAUUGGCUAGAAUUAACUACCUUUUAUUAUAAGCAAGGCUUGUCUCUAACUGAUUCUUUUGUAUGCUGGGAGACCUCUAAAGGGGACCAUUUGCCUAAAUCUUUGGAAGGAUUUUUUAUCUAUGAAGAAGAAGGUUCUGGAGUUCCAGGUUCUAACAGGAAAGGAAACGAUGCUAUUGUCGUAGAACAAUGGACCAUCAUUGAGGGCUGUGAGAUCAAAACCGACUACGGCCCUCUCCUGCAUACUCUGGCUGAAUUUGGAUGGCUUUUGACAAAUGUGAUGCCUACACCCAUACUGAGACAUGACAGUGAAGGGAAUUUGGCUACAAAACAAGUAGUGUUCCUUCAGAGGCCAGUUAUAUGGAAUUCAGCUGCUCACACCCCAGAGAGGAAAGGCAGCCGGCUUCUAAAGGGCGAAGACAGAAACAAAGUGAGCAGCGGCUUAGACACGGGCCUGCCUCAAUCUGUGGAGGGCAGAGCCUCCUUGGAGGAGAGCUUCCUUUCUGCCUCCAGAGAGUGCUGGGUCAAGGAGGAGAGACCCAGCUUCUCGGGGUUCAGUGGCGGAGGCGGGGACAGUGGCCUGCGGGAGCUAGAUGAUGGACAGCUUGACCAGGAAGAUGGGGUGACCCAGGUCACGUGCAUGUGAAACGCAGGGCAAGCGAUAGAAGGUCUUGUGAAUCGUUAUUAAAAACCAUGGUCAACUGACAUCAUUGUACUACUUGAUCUGCAUGUAUGGAGUGGUUUUUUUUAAGUUUGUUUUUUUUUUCCAGACUCAGCCUUUAAUCUAUAUAAACUUUGGCUCAACCUCCCCCAGAUACAGGAGAAUAACCAACAUAUUUGUCAAUUUACAAUCAUGUUUACAAUGCUCUCAACUAAAACAUCUGUCUAAACAAGUUUCUUCUUAGCUUAUUAGGCAACAAGCUACUUCAGUUUCUGGUGGAUGUACAAAAUAUACUUUCCUGACCAUUUAGGAUAGAAAGACGGAAUAUGCCGACGCAUAAUUGAGCUAGCAUUCUCAGGAAGGUACAGUCUAACUUACAGUGAAAAAAGAAUAAUCUGUCUCUGUCUCUGUCUCUCUGUCUCUCUCUCACACACACACAUACAACUGAUUAGUGAAAAUAUUUAUUUCCUGAAUAUAACGAUCCAAGUCUCCUGUGACAAUGGCCUGUACAUACGAAGCAAACUCCUAUUUGUUAAAAUAUUCUUUGAAAAGAACCCCUCCUGUAUGUCUUUGCCUUUCAAGGUGGCCACAUUACCUACCAACCCUGUAGUGACUCAUGGAAUUCAAGCAUCGUUGCUCCGAACAGCCUAGAGACACAGCGGAGCUCACUCCAAGGAAAAGGCUGAAUUUUCUUUCUUUUCCAUUGCAAAUAGUAGGAAGAGGAAAAACAUAACACCUUCAAGUGCAAACUUAGGUCUUGUACCAAUGUCCAGAUUUGAGUUAGGUUUCAUCUUGACCGGCUUCAUCCGGAAGAGUGCUGAAGGAAUUGUCUGUCAAGCCUUGGGCAGCACAGAGGUGCUGCCAGCCUUCCCCCCACCCCACUUCACCCUGCCCUCCUUGUGUCCACUUGGAUCUGUUCAAGAGAUGGAUUCAAAUUCUGAAAAAUGGAAGAUUUCCAUUUCUAUGGGAGAGGCUUUUGAAGAGUGGGGAACUUCUAAGUGAAUGAAAACUGACUUUCAUUGAUGAAGUCAGCCUUCUAUGUACUUUUUAUGAGCAUGGAUGUUGAC